GAAGGAGGAGAAGGAGGUGGACCGGGAUCCAGUGCCGCGCGCUGCUUGCCUGCCUGCCAGCCAAGGCACGCGCACCGCAGGCAGCAGGAGACAUGGCGCUGGGAGCGAUGUAAAGGAUGACAAGGAGGAGCAGGCAAAGGCGAGGCAUGCAGCAGCAGCACCAGUUCGCUUGAGCCACCUGCCAGCAGCCCUCGGGGUAGUUUCCCAUGCAGUUUUUAAACUGUUGGGAGUCACAACAUAUUGGAAACCAUACCUUCUGCCUGGUCCCGUUAUAGAUGUUGAGAAACAACUGCCAUCCAGAAUGCUCUGGGUUUAGAAGCUGUUGCUAUUCAGGAGGUUUUUCCACCAUGUUUGGAAAGAAGAAGAAAAAGAUAGAAAUUUCUGGCCCUUCGAAUUUUGAACACAGGGUGCACACUGGAUUUGAUCACAGAGAACAAAAAUUCACAGGACUGCCUCAACAGUGGCAUAGUUUACUCGCAGACACAGCAAAUAGGCCAAAGCCUAUGGUGGAUCCUUCAUGCAUCACGCCCAUCCAGCUUGCUCCUAUGAAGACCAUCGUUAGAGGAAAUAAACCUUGCAAGGACGCUUCAAUCAAUGGCUUGCUUGAAGAAUUUGACAAUAUCUCCGUGACGCGAUCCAAUUCCCUUCGGAAGGAGAGCCCUCCUACCCCACACCUGGGACGUUCCAACCACAUAGAAAUCCACCAGCAGGAAAAUGGCUACAUCACAUACUCUCAGUAUUCAAGUGAAUCAGACACUGCUGCAGAUUUCCUCACUGAUAAAUACAGAGACAAAACUGUUCAUGGGGAAGAACUGGACAGAUACUCCAAGGGCAGCUGUGCUGCAAAACAGAAUGGCCAUGCAGUGAAAAUGAAACCCAGCGAAAUGUACUUUUUGGAAUCUAAACCCUUGAAGUCGGAUAUCGCUAGAUUCUUGCCAGAUUAUCACGCUCACAUGGAAACCAAAAGUAAACUGAGUGAAUAUGGUGGUUUGAAGCUGGAAUACCAGAGAGCAAGUGGCUCUUCUCUGGAUUACAAAGAAUCUUUUCAUUACACACCUUCUCGAACUUCAAUGCACAGUCAGUGUUCCAGAGAGAGAUUAGAUUACGGUGACAGCGAUUGGGCUAAAGACGAUUUUGACAAAAGACCCAAGUCAUCCUAUGUAAACCAGACCAGCCCUCAACCUGCCAUGAGACAGAGGUCCAAGUCGGGCUCUGGUCUCCAAGAGCCAAUCAUGCCCUAUGGAGCAAGUGUUUUUAAGUCCAGUCAGCAAGGUCAUUCGUAUAGUUCAUAUACCUACCCUCGAUUGUCAGAAACAACAGCAGGCAUUCCAAAGUUGGAUUACGACCGGGCCCAGAUGGUAGUAAGUCCACCAUUGUCUGGAUCAGACACUUACCCUCGAGGGCCAACAAAGCUACCUCAGAGCCAGAGCAAAGCCAGCUAUUCUGGUAGCAGCUACCAGUAUCCAGCCGUCUAUCACAAAUUCUCUCAGUACCAUCACCAGCAGCCUUCUCUGCCAUCCAGUUCUCAUUAUGUUUCCACCGCUUCUUACCCCAGCUCCCCGAGCAUCACCUCAGGCGCUUACCCUCCACCCAGCUGGGGCUCCUCCUCAGACCAGCAGACCUCCCGGGUGUCUCAUGAGCAGUUCCGAGCUGCACUGCAGCUGGUGGUAAGCCCCGGGGACCCCCGAGAGUACUUGGACAACUUCAUCAAAAUUGGGGAAGGCUCCACUGGUAUUGUUUGCAUUGCCACAGAGAAGCAUACCGGGAAGCAAGUAGCUGUGAAGAAAAUGGACCUCCGGAAGCAGCAGAGGCGGGAGUUGCUCUUCAAUGAGGUUGUAAUAAUGAGAGACUACCAUCAUGAAAAUGUGGUUGACAUGUACAACAGUUACCUUGUGGGGGAUGAGCUGUGGGUUGUGAUGGAGUUUCUGGAAGGUGGUGCUUUGACAGACAUCGUGACUCAUACAAGAAUGAAUGAAGAACAGAUAGCUACUGUUUGUCUUUCUGUACUACGAGCAUUAUCAUAUCUUCACAACCAAGGAGUCAUACAUCGGGAUAUAAAGAGUGACUCAAUACUUCUCACAAGUGAUGGACGAAUAAAAUUGUCAGAUUUUGGAUUCUGUGCCCAAGUUUCCAAAGAUGUUCCAAAAAGAAAGUCACUUGUUGGAACUCCUUACUGGAUGGCACCAGAAGUGAUUUCCAGACUCCCCUAUGGUACUGAGGUGGAUAUAUGGUCCCUCGGUAUCAUGGUAAUAGAAAUGAUAGAUGGAGAACCGCCUUAUUUCAAUGAGCCACCUCUCCAGGCAAUGCGCAGAAUCAGAGACAAUUUGCCACCAAGAGUGAAAGAUCUACAUAAGGUCUCAUCCGUCCUCCGUGGCUUUUUAGAUGUGAUGCUGGUACGGGAACCUGCACAGAGAGGAACAGCCCAAGAACUGUUGAGACACCCAUUCCUCAAGAUGGCUGGGCCACCUUCCUGCAUAGUGCCUCUCAUGAGGCAGUACAGGCAUCACUGAAUCCUUUGGUGUAUUUAUUCAUUUGCUUAUUAAUGUUUUGGAGAAGAGUCAUGCUGAGAAAGGACAAAGCACUGGGGCAACACAAACAAAAAAAAUC